AUGUCGAAGAAAGCUAUCAAUGUUCGCGUCACUACUAUGGACGCCGAACUGGAGUUCGCAAUCCAGUCGAACACUACCGGCAAGCAACUCUUCGAUCAGGUCGUAAAAACUAUUGGUCUUCGUGAGAUUUGGUAUUUUGGCCUUCAGUACACUGACACUAAAGGAUUUCUAACAUGGUUGAAGUUGAACAAGAAGGUGUUAUCACAAGAUGUGAAAAAAGAUGGUACGCUUAUGUUCAAGUUUCGAGCCAAAUUUUAUCCAGAAGAUGUCGGAGAGGAGAUCAUCCAGGAUGUCACCAUGCGUCUCUUUUAUCUUCAAGUCAAAGAUGCGAUCCUAUCGGACGAGGUGUAUUGCUCACCAGAAACUUCUGUAUUACUCGCUUCUUUUGCAAUGCAGGCUAAGUACGGCGACUAUCAGCCGGAAACGCACAAGCCAGGUUGCCUAACGGCGGAUAGACUCUUACCACAACGAGUAGCUGGUCAGUUCAAAAUGAGUUCUGAUGAAUGGGAGAAGCGAAUCAUGACCUGGUGGGCAGAUCACAAAGGUACUAGUCGUGAGCAAGCAAUGGCCGAAUAUCUUAAGCUAGCCCAAGACCUUGAGAUGUACGGUGUUAAUUACUUCGAGAUCCGCAAUAAGAAAGGGACUGAACUAUUUCUUGGUGUUGAUGCUCUAGGGCUUAAUAUUUAUGAAAAGUCCGACAAACUAUCUCCAAAGGUUGGAUUCCCGUGGUCAGAGAUCCGUAACAUUUCUUUCAACGAUAAGAAGUUUGUCAUCAAGCCUAUUGACAAGAAGGCAAAUGACUUUGUUUUUUACGCACCACGUCUACGCAUCAAUAAACGUAUUCUUGCUCUUUGUAUGGGAAAUCAUGAACUAUACAUGCGCCGUCGUAAGCCGGACACCAUUGAAGUGCAGCAAAUGAAGCAACAAGCCCGCGAAGAAAGAGCUUUGAAACAGGCCGAGCAAGAAAGACUCAACAAGGAAAUGUCUGCCCGCGAGCAAGCAGAAGCUCGUCAACGUGAAGCUGAAGAUCGAAUGCGUCGAAUGGCGGAAGACAUGGAGCGCGCAAAGAGAGAACUUCUUGAGGCACAAAACACCAUCCACAAUUUGGAAAUGCAGCUCAAGCAAUUACAGUUGGCGAAAGAAGCGCUUGAGAACAAGGAGGUCGAACUUCGAGAGCUCACUGCUCAACUACAGUCUGAAAAAGCGAUGAGCGAGGAGGAAAGACGUCGACUUCGAGAAGAAGUUGCAAUCCGUGAAGGAGAAGUUCAUGCCAUGCGUACUGAGGUACAACGCCAAACAGAAGUUACCCACCGACUGCAAGACGAAAUUGAGGCGGCUCGUCAACUCACUAAUGACGCCGAUCAACACGUCCCACAGCGAGAGUUGGACCGCAUCACUGCUGCAGAACAGAAUCAGAGCAUAAAAACCAAGCUUGAGAUGCUAACUCGUGAACUGGAGGUGGUGAAAGAUGAGCAUUUCGUUACGGACUAUGACGUUUUGCAUAUGGAGAAUAAACGAGCUGGUCGUGAUAAGUACAAAACGCUUCGUCAGAUUCGCGGUGGAAAUACGAAGCGACGAAUAGAUCAAUAUGAGAACAUGUAG